AUGGAUGAUAUGGUCUCGGAUUUUCCAGAUAUCGUUGAUAAACGUCCUGUAAUAAUCUCCAAUAUCUCAACACUCAGUCCCACCCCCAACCUAUCUGAGGGCGCAAACAUCCUGAAGCAAUCACUGGCAUACGUCAAGUGUAAUAAUCCACGAGAAAAAGAUUACCCAAAACAAAGCCUACUUCUCAAUUAUCAAGCUUUGCUGGACAGCAACUGGAACGCCGCGGAAGAACCCUGCCUAGCCAUGAACGUGAUACGGUCACUAUUUUUGUAUCUCAACGCUCUGAAUCUACAUACAGAUAAUGGAUCAUGGGAAGGUCUUGAAUUUAUCUUAAAAAAGGAAAUUUUAGAACCCGGGGAACCAAUACCUUAUUAUGAUCUAGCCAUGAACUUUACGCACUGCGUAAUAGUAGCAUACGACUCCGUGAGCCCGUACCAAGUUGAGAUUUUCAGAGACAUCAAAUCGCCCAUCAUCCCUGAUCUCAGUAGAUGGUCAGAUAUUGCGUAUCUGCAAUGGGCGGAGGUCUGCAAAUUCCAUGGCACUAAAGUGAGCAAUAUAAACCACGUUAUUCAACAUCAUACAACGAACCAGAUAACAUUGGAAGUCAUAAAAGAGGUGCCGAAGAAAAGAAAAGAAUCGCUCGCGCCAUCGGGAUGUGUUGUGUCGAUGAAGGAUAGUAAUGGCCAUGGUGCUGCAUCACUGGGCACCCCGAAUGGAAAAGGAGUUGCUUGGCUCCUGGCUCAACAUAAGGAAGCUUUCAAGGACUUGACAAUCAUCAGUGUGGAGAUAUUUUCGUGUAAACCUGCAAAUAACGGGGACGAGACAGAAUUUCAACAUACAUCCGAUAAGUCUUCGUGGUUCAACCUCAGUUUUCGAAUUGGCCAAGAAUGCUCUAGACAUUACUUCUCCGUCAUCUGA